AUGCUAAUUGGUGUGUUUGCCUUUCAUUCGAAAAAGACAAUAUGGCGAAUUUGUAGCUUGGGGUGAAAUUUUGUCAACUUUGCAACCACGAUUAAGUGCCGAAUCGUACGGUAACGCAAGCCCCGCUGUCGCCGGAGUGGAAGAAUAUCUUUCUCUGUUGACUACGCACGGAUCCGAUCGCUAACCACGGCUGCUGUUCAGGUGUUACAGCGGUGGAAGUCGAGUUCUGUUCCGGGUCUUGAUCAGCUUGGGCCCCGUCAGUACAUCCCCCAGCCCGGCUACCAAGACACCAUGGCAGACGAAAACGAGCUCGUCUGUGCGUCAGAAUUCAUCAAAGAUCGCCUGUACUUUGCUACUCUACGAGGCAAGCCCAGAUCUACAGCAAACACACACUACUUCUGUGUAGAUGACGAACUGGUUUAUGAAAACUUCUAUGCAGACUUUGGGCCCCUCAAUCUGGCUAUGGUGUACAGAUACUGCUGUAAACUCAACAAGAAACUCAAGUCUUUCUCACUAGCAAAGAAGAAGAUCGUCCACUACACGAGUUUUGACGCCCGAAAGCGAGCCAACGCUGCGUAUCUGAUAGGAUCCUACGCGAUCAUCUACUUGAAGAUGACUCCCGAGGAGGCCUACAGACCUCUCGUCAGCGGAAACAACCCCCCUUUCCUACCCUUCAGGGAUGCGUCAUUCGGACCAUGUACAUUUAAAGUAACUGUGUUAGACUGUCUGCAUGGAAUCGACAAGGCUCUACAAAACGGCUUCAUCAACUUUGAGACCUUUGAUGUGGAUGAAUAUGAACAUUACGAGAAAGUAGAAAACGGAGAUUUCAACUGGAUAGUGCCCAACAAGUUCCUAGCAUUCUCAGGUCCCCAUCCCAAGAGCAAAAUAGAAAAUGGCUAUCCUCUUCACGCGCCCGAAGCAUACUUCCCGUACUUCCGGAAGCACAAUGUCACCACGAUCAUCCGCCUCAACAAGAAGAUCUACGACGCUCGCCGGUUCACGGACGCGGGCUUUGAUCACUACGACCUGUUCUUCGUGGACGGGAGCACGCCCAGUGAUAGCAUAGUUAGGAGAUUCAUUCAGAUCUGCGAAAACGCAGAGGGAGCUAUAGCUGUCCACUGUAAAGCUGGUCUGGGUCGGACGGGCACGCUGAUUGGCUGUUACAUGAUGAAGCACUUCCGCUUCACGGCUGGGGAGUGCAUCUCCUACAUCAGAAUAUGUCGCCCUGGGUCCAUCAUCGGGCCACAGCAGCACUGGCUGGAGGAACAACAAGCCAAGAUGUGGGUCCAGGGAGACAUCUUCCGCGCCAAACAGAAGGAGAACAAGCUGAAGGACAGGGCGACCGUGUCCCGCAUCCUGUCUGGUGUCGACGACAUCUCCAUCCAGGACACCGACCGUGCCUACCAGAACAACGACUACGCAGACUAUGAGGAGGAGUAUGUGCCACCCGUCACACGGAGCAGCCUGUCCAUGACUCAAGGCGACAAACUGCGGGCGAUCAAAGCCCGCAAACACCCGCGAUCCGCAAGCACCGGCGCCAUCAAACUGGACGACGCCAAAAUGCAUUCUAGGUCAUCAUCUCAACCCUUUAGGAUAUCGUCCAAUAACAGCCAAGGUGUCAUGUCCCCCCUCAAGUCUUCCAAAGUCAGCUCCAGUUCCUCCGUCAUCAAGCGAACAACAAGGAGCACGGCCAGUACCGCCACCGCAGCGUUAAAAAGCUCUCUCCGUCUUGCUUCAUCCCAACCCAUCAUACAUCACCGGCGAAAAGACCGAGACCGAAUCCACAAGUCCAUGGAGAAAACGGACGAAAUCAAAGUGGCCGAAUUGUCCCGGGGGAACAAUAAACUGUCCGAUAUAACUGCCGCUGAUUUCCGUGGCUCGCCCGUCAUCAAAUAUAACACCCGAAGCACUAACGCACCGCUCAAGCCAACGCAUACAUACUACUAGAGCCUCUCUCCACCAUUAGAUGUCAUCAUCAUCAUCGACAAAGGGGGUUGUGGGUAAAGCAGUGCAUCCUGGGUGGUUAACUGCACUAUUUUGGAAGAAAGAUGACUGAACAAAUGAGCACAAGCUUUGAGGGUAAAUUGGAAAUAGGGGGAAAGGGGAUGUAUGAUUAUUGCAAUUGUGUAAAACAGCAAGAAGAAUUCCAAACCGAUGCCUUAGGUAGUGUAAGGUUGGGGUUAGAAUGGUUGAAAUACACACUCCCUGUCAACAACAAUAACAACAACAACAAGACCGGGGAGAGUGCAUUUUAGCCCACCAAUCCCAUGCUUUGUAAGUAAGAUUUUGAUCCAAAACUUCUGUAUAUUUUAGGUGGUCAGUAAGGAGAAGUCACACUUUGAUCCAGUGUUGUCUGUGCAUGUCUUAAGACAAAGUAGAAGCAUGACUUCUGGGGCUUGUUUGUACAUUUUUAAGCUGCUCGUCGGUACAAAUGUCAGUCUUAAGGUUUGCAAAUGAUACAGAAUUUUAGGAAAAGAUUUUUAAUCAAAUUUCUAUUGAAACUGAAACGAAAAACAAAGUUUAAUGAUUUGUAUGAAACCUGAAAAUUUGUAAAAAAAAAUACUCAUAAAAUCUCAGUAAAACCCUGUAAUUCCUUUUACUGAUAGAUAGAUAGAUGACAUUAUUAUGUCAGUACCCAAAAUUGCAAGGUUCCAAAAUAGAACUUCUACACAGAAAAUGAAACUUUUUUACAAAAUGUAAAAUCAUAGUAACUUUUAAGUCUCUGUCAGCAAACCCAGGAUUUGUCCCAGCAGCUUAAAAAGGAGAAAUAUGAUACAAAGCAAUAAUUAUGUCAACAAAAGGAUCCAUCUAUAAGAAUGGUGCAUGGUAUGUACAUGUAAGAAUGUAGAGCACAUUAGAUACAAUUUAUACAUGACACUUUCAAACUAGCUCUGAAAUGUUUGAAUUCACAUGUACAGGAAGUGAUUUUCACAGAAACAAGUACAGCAACCAAUGAUAAGACUUCUAGAGGGGGUGACUCCUGGUUUCCAUGGUUACCAUUCUCCUUAUAAGGGCAUAAUGUCAGAAUCGGCUCGUGACAGCAAAUCUCUCAGAUUCUGCUCAUCCAAAUCCCAGUUAUUAAACCUGGGUACCUCCCUGGUUAUCAAAGUACAAACAAAUUUCUGUACCUGUAACUAAAUAGAUAUUUCUGAAGAUUUUCUACUGGGAGUUUGUAAGUUAAGGCCUAGAGUAGACCAUGACUGCAGACUAUGCAGGAAUCUAUGCACUCGUAACAUUGAUAACACUUUGGGGGAGUAAACUAUACUGUUGUAUACAUAUGAAACAUUACAUACAAUAAGGUAUGUAUCUGUAUGUAUCUGAUAAUGGCAUGAUUAUAGGCCAUUGUUUUAUACAACAACAAAAAACUGAUGUAAAUGACAAAAACAAUAUUGUCUAUUUUUGUAUAGAAAAAAAAUCACAAAUUUGGAAAAUUAAGGUGUAGGACACUUAAUUGUACUUAAUUAUACAUAAGUCAUGUUGUAAAGAAGAAAAACAAUAGUGUUGCAACUGACAAUAGUUCACUACAGGUGACGUGUUGUAAUCUUUUAGUGGACCAUUCUAAAACUUGAUUUUAAAUUAUUGUUAUUUGAAGGCAAAAAUGUAAAUCCCUUAGUUGUAUGUUUGGUUGGAGAGAUGACUUUGGUCUGGAUCUUGUGAGGCUCAUAAGGGGUUUUCUAACAUGGUGAUGCUUGUGCACACUAACCAGUGACCAAAGUAUGGGGGGCACGCAAGUAAGUUUGUACAGUAAUGCUGUAGUGCUUAAUAUGAGGCCCAGUGCACCUGAAAGUAAUUAUGAUAAGUGAAAGGCAUUUUCUUACUCAAAUGGAUAUAUCUUGAUUUAGCAUUUGAUUGUAUUAAGGUGCACAAAAUGUAAAAGUCCAGAAUAGUCAUAAUCUUAGCUUGAUUUUACAUUUAUAAGGGACCAAUUAUUACUCAGAAUUCCUUGAUUUUAGCCACGUUAAGUGAAUUUUAAGUGCUGGUUGUGUUUUGAAACGAAGGGUUGCAUUGGCUGUGUUUGCUUGUCAUUGCAUCUAACUUAAGUUUUAGUGUACUUAUUAGAGAGUAGUUAUAGGCAGCUAGUGAAUGUGUGUGUAGUGUGGUUUUUAUUGAUGUCUUUUUUUUUCACUUUUCAGACGUCCUAUAUCUGUAGUGUGUUCAUAUCUGCCCUUAUAACGACUUGACACUUUGUCAAACCAUUUUGCAGAAGUAACUCACAAUGUUCACAUCAGAAAAGUGGGGGUUUGUUUAUUGUGAUUUUGUUCUGAGCUAAUAUGGCAUAAAACCACAACUCCAAAAAUCUCGGUUUAAGGGGAUUUAUCUAAGUACUGUAUAGAUUUUGUUGAUAGUUGCAAAUAACAAAGCACUACUCGUUAUCAGACCUAUUGUGCAACUGGUCUCCAAACAAUCAAGGUCUGGAUGGAAAAAAUGGAAAUAAAGCAACAACAUCUGAACUGUGCAUUUGCAACAAGCAAAGCCUAAACACAGAGGUGGUAACAAACAGCUAUUUACUGUUAGCCAUGACAUAGUAGUGUGAGAGUUGACCAUACAGUUAACAUCGCCUCCUUGGUGUUUGGUGGGUGGGUAGGGGAAUGUACGCCUUGUUUCAUUGCUUGAGUGUAGGUGCAGCCUAUCCUUGCUAUAUUGAGGAUAGCUUUUUGCUAGUUUUUGAGUUACACAUACUAAUUUUUAUUCUAUAUACAGCACCGAUCAGUCCUAUUGUAAAUUGUGUCUCUAUAAGAAUUGGAAGUGUCUGAACAUAAAUGUGAAAAUGAUAAUGUACGUUUGUGUGUGUAUAUAAUCAAUUAUCAUAAUUCCAUAUAUUAAGUAUGUCUUAAACCAAAAUUAUGUGUUUGUAGGUGUUUUACUCUGGUUUUAUCAAGAGAUUUAUUAUCAGUUAUUGUUUAUUACAUACAUGUAUGUAUGUUCGUUUCAAAUACCAAAACCCUGUACAUUCAAUAAAUUACAGCAAUGACUUGA